AUGCAGAACCAGGACGAUAUUCGAAAUCUACCUAUCGACGUCGCAUUCGCUCGUCUCGGAGGUAAAGUUCUCUCUUUCUUGACGAGCCGUGAAUUGGUGAAUCUUUAUAUUGUAAUUGAGUUCAUUUUUGUGAUUCUGAUUGAAGAAUGGUUGGUUGAUCGGAAGAGAAUACCGUCAGAUUACCGAAAACGACUGGCGGCGGUGAGGACGAAGAUAUCGUCCGCGUUAGCAUCGCUGCCCAAGGACGUUGAUCCUUUUUUUCAAACCCUAGACCCUGAAGAGAUUGGUUACUUGGAAGCCAAAGAAAUCUAUGAUAUUCUUCUGAAGUCAACUCCAGAAAGCCGUAAUAUUUUUGGUCGGCUUUCAGGUGCUGCUGGAGUUUGGGAGGCAAUUGUGCAAGCUUUUGAGAAGGACUAUAUUUACCUUGGUGAGGCUGCUCAGAAAAUGGUCCAAAAUGUCAAUUAUGAAAUCCCCUAUCAGAAAAAGCAGGUCCAAAAAACUCAACAACAACUUGCUGAACUAGAGCGCAAGGAAGCUGAUAUUAAAAGAAAUGCUGCUCUUUCAUCAGCUAAAUAUGCAGAGGCUUGUCUAGCUCUAGGAUUGCAGGGUAUAAAUGUAAGGUGGGAACUGCUAGAAACUGCAACAAAAUCACUUCCGAGUACAUUUAGCAGGAUUCUGGAAGUUUUAAAUGGUGAUUCUGUGUCACGGGCUGUUGACUUCUAUUCAGACUUUGUCAGAGAUGUUCAUACAGAAAAGGAUAAAGCCCCAGUGACGGUGUUACCAAAUCUGAGGGACAUCUUGGAAAAUCCCCCUUCUUUAAAUGUUUCUGUGAUCUCUGAAGAAGCUCUUGAUUCUGACAAAAUUCAGGCAAGCCUGAAUGAAGUAAAUCUCAUGACGGGGGACAUAGACAUUGCAGCCGCAGCUGAUACUAUUGAUUGGGAUAUUACCUUGGACAGCUCUAAUAUCGAUUGGGAUAUUGCCGAUGUGGAAGAAACAGAAGAUAUUGUGAAUGGAUUGGGUCCUUAUGAAAUCGUCAAUGCCAGUGAGAUUCCACCAAACCCUUCUCCAAAUGGUGAUGGAGCAGACCAGACCUUGUUAAAUAAAGUAGAGGGCUCAGCUCCAGAGGUCGCUGUGUCAGAUAUAUCUUGGGAUAUUGGUGUUGAGAACCCUCAAGUUGAUACAAUUGAAGAAGUUGGUUUGCCAAAUGCAGUAAUAGAACCUCAUGUAUCUGUUUCAAAUACAUUGAAUGAAAGCCGAGAAAACACCCAAAGGAGCCAGCUUCUGGAGACAGCGUACAGGAAUAAGAUUCUUGACGAUUUAUUUGAGAUUAAGGCAUUCUUGAAUCAGCGGGUGUUGGAGUUGACGAAUGAAGAGACUUUGUCUCUACAAAAUCAAGUUCAGGCAGUAGCUCCAUUCAUUUUGCAACAAUACACUUCUGAUGCUAUUCAUACAAUGCUAUCUGAUGUUUCAUCAGCCAUUUCCUUGCUUACAAAUAGGAAAACAAGGGACUUGAUAAUGAUUCUCAACUCGAAAAGAUUUCUGGAUAGACUGGUUAACAUAUUGGAGGAAAAGAAGCACCAUGAAGUGAAGUUAAAGGAGGGCUUGAAGGACUUAUCUACCAAACGUAUGGAGCUGCACAAUUCGUUAUCUUUAUCGUGGCCAAAGCAAAAAGCAGCUCUGACAAAAACCAGGAAGCUGAAGAUGCUCUGUGAGAGUACAAUUUCAUCCAUGUUUGAUGGAAGACCAGUCAAUAUUGUUGGAGAGAUUAAUACCCUGUUAAGUAGUACCGUGAGUGCGUGAUGCACCCAAGCAAUGUGUCAAUUAAAUAGUCCUUGCUAAUUAAAGGUGACGAAUUUGGGUUUCUGACCUGGGAAAUUUUAAAAUCAUUAUCAUUGUGAAGGUUCUGAACUCCAAGGAUCAAAGUCUUAUGCUUUCCUAUCUAGGUUAUGUUCAGCAGCUUGAACAUUUAACAGUUAUCCGCCAAUGGGUUCACAAUGAUCAUAAUUUAUGAAUACUUGAAAUUCUGUGGGAUGUGUAGUUUGAAAUUAUCCUUUUCUUCAAGUAGUUGCAUUGGUUUUUUGCAUUCUAUAGAACAUGCAGAUCAACCUUAUUGUUUAUGAAGAACCAAUUUAUUUAAGAUUAUUGUACAUGCGACAAGGAAAUCCUGUUGUUUUCUACAUAGCUUAAGCUUUUGUUGUUGUGUUGGUAAUUUUCGGCAGUUUUAAUCCUAGAAUUCUGCUGACUUUUUUGCUGCCAUUUUUUUUUUUGUGGUCUUCUCUUUAUCGAAUGAGACAUUUUCCAGGGGUCUGUCUUCACAAGAACCACGAAAUACCUAAGCAAAUGUAGUUGGAAAUACUGCAUUGUUGGGCUGGCCUUUCUGACCAUGUUGAUUUGCUGCAUUGCUGCUUUGAAACCAUCCCUCGACUUCGAAUCAUACCACUAAUGUGCAGGUAGUGAAAUACACCAGAUGGAAGCCAGAUUCCAAAUUCUAACAAGACAGUUCAUGCGAGCUAGAAAAGAAUGGCACCUUCAGGGUCCUUGAGCACAAGCUUACCUCAGGAGAAAAAUGUUGUAUCCAGUGCACUAUGUAUCACGGGUCUUUGGGAGUUGUAAGUGGUGGUAGGUAGGUUUUUUUUCCUCUUUUUGAGAGGUUGAUUUCUGAGUUGAAACCUACGACGUAUCGCUUGAGGGGAUGAUCACUUGGUUUAAUGUUACAAUGUUUGAAGCUUAAGACUGCUAUGGUUUCUCUGCCCUAUUACCACAUGCAUUUACUGCAUAAAUCGAGAGGUGACCAUCGUUUAUGCCGUUACAAAAUUUGAAGCAAACGACCCGUCUUGAACAAAAUGUACUAGGCAGAAAGAAGGCACAACCCUACCAAUGAGGUUGGUUUAUUCGGAUGCACACAAAUGGAUUACACUAAAGAUUACAGAAGCUCUGUUGGAGAAAUACAUUCAGUAAAUGAGUUAUGGAAUUGAGUUCAAAAGCUGUACAAGUGAAAUCUGAAUGUUGAGGUAAAAGUAUUGAAGUCUUGUAUUAAGAGCACUCAAAACUGAAAUCACAAAACAGUAACAACAUAAAAAGAAUUGAUGAGCUGAUGGUAGAGAUCCUGAAUAUCAAAUGGACAAAUAGCUCACGGUAGGCGACCCGAAGAAGCUGGUGUUAGUAGAACGGAAAGACCUCUCAAAAGGGUCGGCACCUUCAGUGCCAUCUGCUGGAAUGCUUUUGACUGUUCUGGGAUUUUGUAGUAGACAUGUCAGAGACUCCAAUAUUUCAGACAUCAGUGGUCGGAAUUCCUUCUCAGGCUGUUUACAUUCAGACGUAAAGUUAGUUGAUUUCCUGAUCAUAGAGGUAAAAUGCAUGUUAAUGUAUCUAAAUGAAUGUCCACCAAGGUUUGACUUCAAAAGUAACUGCAAUGCAGGUUAACUGUGGUUAUAAAUCUCAUGAUAAAGCAUUGGGUUGUCAAUUUUUUCUACAUGUUCAGCAACCG